AUGCUAAUUUUUAAUCUAUUUAUAUUGGUAAGUUUUAUUGAUAAUUAAAAUAUUAAUUAAGCGCUAAAUUUAAAAAAGAAAUGGAGAGCAUUAUAUUUUUUACAAAUAAUUGAAGUAUUUUACAUAAUUUGCAUUUUGCAUCAGUAGGAAGUAGAGGAAUUAUAAAGCUAUUUUCGUCUAUUUUUUAUUCUGAAAUUUUAUUUUCACUUAAUUUAAUUUCAUUAUUAAUACAAUCAAUCACUUAAAUUUUUAUAAGGGUUCUUAUGGAAGUUCAUCAAUUAAUUCUUAAGAUAUUACGAAAUUCCUUUCUUUUAGUUCCAAUAUUAAACUGAGUAUCAAAGAGAGAAGGGAACUACUACUAAUACAAAAAAUCCUCAGGAUCAAAGCUACAAAACAUUUCUUUUAUCUAAGGCAAAAUUUUAUUCAAAAAGUAAUAUUUUAUCUUUUAAUAUCCUUGCAGUUAACAAAGCAUAUUUCUAAAUGGCUAAUAAAUUGAUUGAUAUUACUUAAAAUAUUUUUAUACUUCAUCUUUAAGUGUUAUUUAUUAUUGAUAUUUAAUUUGUAUGA